GCCGGUAAAGCAGCGCCAUGGCUCGGGAGAACGGAGACACCGGCAGAGGAGCGACGUGGAAAAAACAAGUCGACGAUAUCAAGAAGAUUUUUGAUUUCAAAGAAGUCCUCGGCACAGGGGCGUUUUCCGAGGUGGUCCUGGCCCAGGAGAAGCUGACAGGCCGGAUGUUUGCAGUGAAGUGCAUCCCGAAGAAAGCUCUAAAGGGGAAGGAGAGCAGCAUCGAGAACGAGAUCGCCGUGCUGAGGAAGAUCAAGCAUGAGAACAUUGUGGCACUGGAGGAUAUCUAUGAGAGUCCUGACCACCUCUACCUGAUCAUGCAGCUGGUGUCCGGCGGUGAGUUAUUUGACCGAAUCGUGGAAAAAGGUUUCUACACAGAGAAGGAUGCGAGUACGUUGAUCCGACAAGUCCUGGAUGCUGUAAACUACCUGCACAAGAUGGGAAUUGUACACCGAGACCUCAAGCCAGAGAACUUGCUGUAUUUUAAUCCUCAAGAUGAGUCAAAGAUCAUGAUCAGCGACUUUGGUCUUUCCAAGAUGGAGGGCAGUGGUGACGUCAUGUCCACGGCCUGUGGCACGCCAGGAUAUGUGGCUCCAGAGGUUCUUGCCCAGAAGCCGUACAGUAAGGCCGUAGACUGCUGGUCCAUUGGAGUGAUCGCCUACAUCCUGCUGUGUGGUUACCCGCCGUUCUACGAUGAAAAUGACUCCAAGCUGUUUGAACAGAUCCUGAAAGCCGACUAUGAGUUUGACGCGCCAUACUGGGACGACAUAUCAGACUCAGCCAAGGAUUUUAUUGGCAGUCUGAUGGAAAAAGAUCCAGCCAAGCGUUUCACCUGUGAUCAGGCACUCAGACACCCCUGGAUCGCAGGGGAUACAGCGCUCUGCAAGAACAUCCAUGAGUCAGUCAGCCGACAGAUCAGGAAGAACUUCGCCAAGAGCAAAUGGAGGCAAGCAUUUAAUGCCACUGCCGUGGUUCGGCACAUGAGGCGGCUGCAGCUUGGCAGCAGCAUGGGAAGCAGCAUGGAUGCCUCCAACCCACCGACCAGGCCAAGCCAGACGCAGAGGCCGGCCCAGAGCCAGAGCCAGAGCCAGGCAGGCCAGAACCAGCCAGCUCAGAGCCAAAACACCGGCCAGGCGGCGCAGAGCCAGAGCACCAACACCACCGCCAGCAAAACCUCUUCCACAGACAACAACAUAGCAGCUCCCCGCAAGGAAUGUGUAACUGCACCGGUCACACCCUGCAGUCUGGCGUCUGCAGCCUCUUCUCCCACCGCAGGGGCAGAGCUGAACCGACCACAUCCCUCAACAGUUCCCGCCCCGGUGCUAACAGAGACCAAGUGACGCCAGGUCCCGCGGGGGACCAGCUGGGAGGCCACAGCGCUGUGAGACAGAGCGACGGAAAGAGACGGAGGACGACAGGAGAGGAAGAGGAUCCCCCUCUUCUUCGUUCCUCCCUCUCCUCUCUGCAUUUCCACUUGGAUGCGCCCCCCCAGCAAGUUCCCUGCCCUGCUCCUGGGAGAGCAGAGGACUUUACCUCCACCCCCACUGAUUCAAGCCACACAGCGCCAUACUGUACGCCCACCACCCAGCCACCAGGACGCCGUGUAAGAUUCUUCCUGCCACAGCAACAGCACGGCCUCUUACUGAGGAUGUUUGUACAGCCGGCUGUGAUCGGAUACUGUUAAAUGAUAAAUGGGAGUCGACUGCUUGAGCAGUAAUUGGUGGUUCACAGUGGGGCUUGGGGUGUCAUAUUAUUCAAUGUCAGUCAACAUCAACUUCCCUCUUGAAUCUGGUCUUUCCUGCACCAUUUUAUUUAGCUUUUUUCCAAAUUAGGUUUGACUGUUGACAACUGGAUUGUUUUAUUUUUAAUUACUGUUGAUGUUAAAGGUGCUAUAUGUAAGUUUUAACAUCAUUGUCACACUGCAACUUUGGUAUGAUUAAUGUAAAUAAACAAGACCACAGCCAAGACGUCUGGUCGCCUCCAGCAGAUUUCCCUCCAAAUGUCACCUACAGUAGUGACCAUAAAAUGCAGAGAAGAGGCUGACAGGUCUUCUGAGUGAUGACCUGAUUUGUUUACACUAAUUUUACUAAUGUGACAAUGAUUUAUCCUACUCAUAGCACCUUUAAGACAUUUUAUAUGUCCUUUCGGGCUUGUUUGUCUGUUUGUUUGUGCUUUAAGAAGUGCUUUAAAAGUACCAUAUGACUGUUGAGAUGUGGAAACAUGAGUAAGCGCUUUAUGUAUUUUGCACACAGAGGGUCAGAUAUGUUCUCAGACACAGAUUAGCCGCCAUCCACUUAUGUUUAUCAGAGAGUAGAGAGUGUAAACCUUUAUAGAAAAAAAAUAAUAACCCAGAGUGGAUGUCAGAGCAUUGUACAACUUGUUUAUUGUCUGAAAGAUUCUGAUCCGUUUAUUAUUUUCUUACUUUAUAAGACUUUUAUAACAAUCACCCUUUAAGGGACACACAUACAGGUUACUAUGAAAAAUGCAGCAGGUUUAGGAUUAGGAUAGGAUAGAGGUAUUUACUGGAAAACUGCCUCCAGUUGAGAAUGUUAAAGACUACACAAUAGUUUUAGCGUUUGAUUUCCUAAGCCGAGGAGCCACACGCAGCGCAGUGCAGUUUGAAGGUGGCUAAAGAACACAAGCCAUCUCUGAGAUAUUUAACUGAUAGAGACGCUGUCGCCUGCUGCUGCUGCUGUUCCUCCCCCCCAUAAAGAAGCCAUGAUCUCACCAUUUUCACAUCGUCAAGCUGCACCCAGUUCAGAAGUGCUCAGGGAAAACUGCGGCUGCACUGUGAGCUGGUGAAUACAGAUUUCCUGGUUUAGGUUUUUCUGUCAGUGUUGUUGGUCCAGGUGUUGUGGCAUCACAGUUAAUGAUCCAGCUCAUAAGACGUUAGCUGUGUCCUUAUUGCAGUGUUGUAGUGACUCGUGACUUGAAUUUUGAAGACUCAGACUUGGACUCAGACUGUUCCACCAAGGACUCCAAGAUGUUUUUAACUUGUUCCAGUAUUUUGUUAUAGUACGAUCCCCAACCAAGGCUUUUUGCUUGACUAAAUUGGACAGAACUGCCAAAAAAAAAUAGAGGAUAGGUUAGUUCUUGCUGUAUCCGGUCAUCCCUGCCUUUAUGAACCGACAGCAGACAGCUAUUGCGACCAAAAUCCCUAGGUUGGUUAGCGUAGCUUGGUUCUUGCAUUUGGAGAAAUGGUCCAACAAUGGCAGAUUUAAAGUACUCAUCUGAUUAGGGGCAGUGAAGCCAAAGUAUUUCAUGUUCAACAAGUCGCCUGACAUCCACAACCUACUUCCAGUUGCACUCUGGGAAGUGGUGGAUGAAGUACCGGAAAGCCACACUUAAGUAAAAGUAAAGAUAUCUUACCAGAAAAUGACUCUGAUAGAAGUUAAAGUCACCUAUUAGAAUAUUACGUAAGUAAAAAUCUUAAAGUAUCUGAUAUUAACUGUACUUCAGUAUCAAAACUAACUUUAUUAUAGUAAGUGUACUUAAGUAUUGAAAGUAAAAGUACAAGGAAAUGCCAAUUUUUUAUUCCUUCUUAACAUGUACCCCACCUUAAGUAUGGAGCCUACAUUACACUUGAAGAAAAAAGGUCAUUUUAACAACAAGCUGAGUAAAAGUGAAAGUUGACAAAAAUAUGACGAUUCAGGUCAAGCACAGAUACUCCCAUAAAAUACCUAAGUACUGUAAUGAUGUAUUACUACUUUGUAACAUUACACUACUGUCUGAGGGUCAGGCAAAGUCCAAUGUCUCCUUGAUCCGAUGCCCAGCGAAACCAACAGCCACAAGGGAUCCCUACUCCUUUAAAGGUAUACUAUGCAGGAAUUGUCGAUUACUGUUUGUAAUCACACAUUUAAAGCUGGCCCCUCCUCCUUAGACAGAUUAUACAUACACUGCAAACUACCAAUAUAGCAACGUUGCAUUUGUUGUGAUAGAAAAGCCGAUACGUUAGCAUGCUAACUAAGCUAACUGCCGGCACUUGCCUGUCCAACAACCGGCGAAAGUGAAAGCCAACAUCAGAUUCACCCUUGUGUUGGAACAAGCUUUGCCUGCUUGACAUUUGGCCUUACUAUGUUUGCAUUUUUUUGUAGAUUCCUCUCGGAUGCGUGCUGCUUACAGAGUGGCACUUUGUCGCUACCUUUUUAUAAAGUCCCAACCUCAUCUGCACACUGUACCCAGAGACAUCCCAAACACAGCAAAAUUUAAAGGAAAUAAAAAAACUACAGGCUGAGGGCAGAGUCUUCUCAUGGGUCAUAGGUGAUAGUUGAAAGGGAGUACUUGUAUAUGAGUCUGUACAUUGUUUUUUGUUUGUUUUUUUUAGGAAAAUCCUGCAUAGUAUUCUUUUAAUGUCUCAUUCGCCAUCCAUUGAAUGAUCGACUUUUGUAUGUAUUAAUCCAACACUGCGUGAAUUCGUGCAUGCAGUGUUAGACAUUGUUUUUUUCUUUAAAUGGUUCUCAAAAGUUGUACCUGCUUACCCUGUGGGUUAACAGUACAGGCCAACUCAAAACAUCAGAGACCUCACUGGCUGAGUGGGAGUCCAUUUUUAAGUACUCUACUUUUGACAAGAUGGACUGACUUUAAUUUGUUGUUGACUGAACCCUCUGACGACUCUGACAUGACUACAGAAGCUUGGCUUGCGUCACUGGUUGUAAUGUCCUUUUAGACAGAACUCAGACAGCAGAACUGUACGACAUUGGGUGCUCACUCACACAUAUCAGAUUGUCACGUCUUUGUUAGAUGCAAUUCUACUGAUCCCUUUAUUGUGAAUUAGCCAAAGACUAGCGCUAGGUACGAGGACAAUUUGGUUCAUUCUACUUGAUAAAUUAGUGAGAACAGAACUAGUCAGAUAUGAAGCUGUUCGAGAAACAAGUGGACUAAAACUAAGGGCUGAGGAACUGAUUGACCUUUGAUCCCUUCCUGAUCUGUUGCCAUUUACCUUUUUUUAUUAUCUGCACAGAGUGCUGCUGAAAAGUAUCUGCAAAAUAUUCAUAGUGCUUAUUUUAAUCUGUGUGGUAUGUCAGUAGUGUGAGACCACAGCUGGAUGAAAGUCAAAUCACGCUAAAAACGACAGUAAAUCAACACUCACCCAAGCUCACUGGAAUUCAGUCUUGGCUCGCUGCGUCGUUGUGUGUAUUAAAUUCCACCUAAUUGGCACUGAGGUUGACUAAAACAAACCAUGAUGAUUUGUGAGCACUAUCCAGUCUAAAUGUGUCUCCCUCCUCACCAUGUUCUCUGUUGGUGGACGGCAGCACCUUCUUCAUUUAGUAAGCUCUGCAAAAUAAUUCCAGUGUGUUUGGAGUUUCUGCUCUUCCCCACUGUUUCCUAACCAACAAUGUGUUAAUCCCCAUCUCUAUACUUCCGACACAAGGAGAAAUACAGUACCCACCUACUCUCCCUGAAUGUGUACAUCAAUAUGAAACAUGUAAAUCUACAACUUUAGGUUAGCAGUCUGGUUGUAAACAGUCAUUCACAGUGAUGGAUUACACUGACUGCAAGAGAUGGCUCACAGUGUAAUGCCUUAUUUCCUCUGCAUGGAUCAGCACCACUUAAGUCACUUUUGGCACCAGUCACUUUUCUCUGUUUCUUUUUCCACUGCGGAUUGUUCCCCCUACGUGCUGGCUGGAUUCUCAGCUGAUUACGAUAGUGAUGCAGUGUGAAACUGCCGUGACAUCAUCUUAAACCCAACACUUGCUGAAUCCUUUCAUCUGCAACCAAACAGAGGAAUGUUUUCUCUGAUAUCAGACAGAAUUGUUACCUCAUUACUCUUUAUUUCCAUCUGCAGUCUGACAUUGCAUCCACUAUAAUCUAUUUCUGUAGGGACGGGGAUUCGUUUUCCCCUAACCAGUCACUAGAGACCAAAGCAUCCGCCUGAAUCCCUGAAUCUGACAGCAGUUUAAGUCCACACUGAUAGACAGACAUACCAAAAUACUGGUUUUGCUGGGAUCUUAAGAGUGGAGCUGAGCGAAGUAAAAAUAAACUACAGUGUUGGGCAAUAUUUGGAAGACAUUUUGAUUUAGAACAGCUUUGAUAGCAGCGUCUUUCUUGUCCAUAGCACUCACCAUUAUUAUUACUCCUCACUGGUUGAGGUGCACCACUUGAAAAAAGCUUGUAGUUUUGUGGGCUGCCAUUUUUUAAAGUUUGGGUCAGGUAAAAAUUGCAGUUGCUAAUUAUUUUAGCAUGGCUAUUUCAAGUGUCGUGUUUGUGCAGGCUUAGGAUCGCUAAUUUUGAUUUUUAUGGGUGAACUGUGAACUGAACGCAUCUGAACGUUUUCAACUUAUGAACUUGAACCUGAGGGUUGUUCACUCUUGCAACAGUUAUUGACGCUCGUUUUUGUAGCACCCAAGGAUUUACAGCACCCAAUAUGCCGAUACAACACCGGCAUAGCUAGUGCUAAUAAAAAUUCAGACAACGCAGUAACCAGUACUGCUGAAGCCAGUUCAUGUGGAUAUUUGAAUGACUUUUAUGAGUCAAAUCAUUAAGUUACAAAUUCCAUUGGAGAAAAUCUCGUAGUUAUUUGCAAAUUGUGCCCACAGGGUCUGACAAAACAAGUCUGAACCCCAGCUACAUCGGCAACGAAUUUGAACACAUCAGGUUAAAGCAUCUGCAGUCUUGGGAAGUGCGUGAAUGAUGAUCAAAAGAUAGAACAGAGAUGAUAAAACAAUGAAAGAAUUUAGUUCAAAAUUUAAAUUGUUAAGUAUGAACGUGAAAUAGCUCAUUUUAAUCUGUGUGAAAUUAGCUUCAAGCUAGCUCUUGUGAAGCGUGAACGUGCACAACACUGAUUGUAUUGACAAUUCUUUCUGACCAGUGGUCUCCAGUGUUUUAACUCCACCUUCUGGUAUUGGCUCAGUUCAGUUGUAAUCUUGACUGAGGUGGUAUCAAAAAAAUGUACCAGGUACUAUCCACAACUUUUGCUAAUGGAAAACCAAUGAAGAGUGAGUCGAGUUGAGUAGAGCUGUGCCAUACCAUGCAGUCGAAACGUGGCACAAUUCAUGCUGUUUAAGGAGCAAGUGAGCCUGAGAAGUUUUAGCAUACAUCCACCUUAAGGAAUAGGACAUUUUUGUCAGAAACUUAUUCCUGUGUGUGCUCUGAACACACACCAAGCACUAUAGCAUAAAUUGUGAAACUUGCAGAUGUGGUAACCUCACUGACAUGCUUGAUGCUUAAAGACAAAUCAUUACAGGUAUUUUGUGCAUGUUGUCCUAGCAACUAAUGCAGUCAUGAAAGAGUUUUAGUUUAAUAAUCUUGGUCAGGUUACGUUUUUGAGAAAAGGCCAGUUAGCCUGAUUUAUUGUGCUACUUUAAAUGUGCAGUCGUAGAGAAAUUUUUAGUGUUUCAUAUUGAUUUACAACACCUACAUGCCAUGGCUCCUACUGCACGACUACACCGUUCACCUUUCAGAAUAUAUAUAUAUUAAUUCUGACGUUUUUACAGUGGGGUCUUGUGUUACAUUUCCUCCACCAAGCAAACUCAGAAGUCGGUCCAUGUAAUUAUCCAUGUGUUACUGCGGGGAACUUUCAACCAUGUAAGGGCUUUAUUCCAAUGAUCACCUUAAUCUGAUUAUUCAGUGUAACCAUGUAUACAUACCCAUUGACUGCUAUGCAUUUUUUAACAUUUUUAAGUGUGUCAUCAAAGCUUUUUCUUGGAAGUGGGAUCCGGAAACAACAUCAGCACCUAUAGUUAAAAAAAAUAAAUGUAGUUUUAGGGAACAAAUAAGUGCAAGACACUGAAUCCCUGACAGAUCUUAGACUUUUUCAACCACUGAACCGUUAAUUAUAAUUAUUACAUCGGUGUACCAGGUUUUUCUCUGGCACAGAAGGUGUUAAUGAAUCGUCAGCCAACACUGUAAGAAUAUGUUUCAUUAAAUGUGAUGUCGUCCACUUCAGCGUGGACGUUUGGGUUUACGAAUGUAUUGCGAGGCAGGUCGAGGGUUCAGGUUCAUGCUGCUCUGUGGUUUUAUGUCCGCUGUUUAAAAACAACAAAAAAAGACAUUUUCUGAAUGAAUCUUUCCAUGUUAAAGAUGCUACUGUAAAUAGAUUGUGAAUAUGAAUGAUCAUUUUCAAGAUAAUAUUUACAAAUGUUUUGCUGUUCAGGCAUGUGAGAGUGAAUGAGUGAGUGAGUGAGUGAGUGAGUGAGUGUGUCGAGGGAAGUUGAUUGUAUUCUCUAUGGAAUGUUUAAUGUAAAAAAAAAAAAAAGAAGAAGAAGCUGAAAUCCCCUUUAUUCCCCACUGCUGUCAUAUAUACUGUCCAGCGGCAUGUGACUGUCACCUGCAGAGCCACACAGUGCAGUUUAAUGCCAUCAGUGUUCCUCCACCACUUCAGUGUCAGUCCAACUAGAAGUGAAAGCAUCAUUUACCGAACUCAGGCUUACGUUUUUUGCCAUUCUAAAGGAUGAAAUCCAAAGCUGUGACCGACUCAGAAACACACUGUUACGGACGAGCUCUCGUCCGCCCCUCUCCCCUUUGAGCUCGCACUCCUUUUUUUAUUGAGGACGCCGUCACAAAAGAUGAAAACACAAGCAUGUCGAAAAAAGUGCUUCAAGAAUUCAACUUCACCAUGAGUGUUUGCAUAAUCUUAUAGCCCUUGUAUGAUGUUAGUAUCUCUGUAUUAUGUAAAGACGUACACAGGCUGUGACGUCUGAGUCCACAAAGAGCUAAGUUUCACUUCUACAAACAGUUUCAAUCGGCAGAAAUAAUCUCAUUGAUUAAUGGAACCUAGCCAAGUGGCAUUUAUUAAAAAAACUGGAGACCAUGUUCUAAUGUAAGUUGCUCUAAUGCUGCUUAUGAGUGACAUCCAGCCGAUUCACUGCGUACAUGAAUGACAUGGUGUGAAAAUAAUUGAUAAUAAUUAAGGACUAAAGUGUAAAGGAUCGUUGUGUUUUUUCCUUCCUGACCUUGACAUUUAUUACAUUCAUUUACCUAGUUAGCAGUAGCACAGCCUUUUCUCCUAGGAAUUACUUUUAUAAACAAAAUAUUUGAAACAGCAAUUUGUUUAAGGGAAACUUAAUGCAGAGCGAACCAGGAAUCCUCUUGCUGUGAGGCGACAAUGUUAACCACUGCAAAUCAAUUUCAAACCAAAGACCAAUUUCUUGGUGUAAAACAAAAUAUAAAGUAUGUUAACUUAAGUCAGGACCAACCAGUUUCAACCAAUAAUAUCAUGACAUCCGCUAAUCAAUUGAUUUGCAACUUUAAGCUGCACAGAGCUAAGAUUCAGUAGUUAGCUAGCUAGCAACAGCAUGGUACGCUGGUGUGUCUUUGUUUCCCCAAAAUACUGUGGUCAUCACAGACUCUCUGGUUAGAAUUUUUUCCACAUGGAGGAAAGUGGUGUCUGUGACAGCUCCAGAAUAUGCACAAGGCAUUUUACAGUGGACUGCUGCAGAAACAGGAGCGUAUGGUGGCCUUCAUCUCUCUCUCACUGACGGGCGCCACUAUCCCAUCACUGGAUAUACUCCAGUUACACUGUCAGGACCUCACUGUUUUGACACCCAGUUUUAAAUGAUCAAAUCAAAUUCCUCCCAAUCCUAUAUCCUAUCCUAUCUGCCUGUCCUGUGUCACUUGGAAAUUAAUUAUGAAACCCACAAUACUGACGCUAGAUACUCAAGAAAAGCUGUUUGAUCCGGACUUAAACCCAAGUGCUUUUGUUGACCUGGUCGCAAACCAAGUAUUACAGUGUCACAGUCCUGCACUUUGUGUGGCCGUCAUUCAUCUCGACCGCCUCGCUGUGACCCACGCAUGGUACAUAAAUGUAAUGUUUUAUUAACUCAAAUAAACUUUGUCUUUGAACAUAACCCAGACAGCAAUUAUGUUGUCACCAGAGCAUACAUACGAAAACAUAGUAACAUACAAAGGUAAUUUUUUGGAGACAUGUUUGCAAUAGCCUUGUAUGGCUAAUUGAAGCUAACAAGGCUAGGCUAGGGAGCUAAGUAUGCUAUCUGUUUUAUCCCAUGAAGGCAAAGCCCAGUCCUGUUGCUAACUUCCAAGGAAGUAAAGCACACGUCUUCUGCCUAGGCAAAUGUUACACAGUUAGCGGUGGAUGUAGUCUACUGCUUAAUUUUACACAAGAAUUUGUUUGCUAUUCGGCUGAAUUUCUGUCAAUUGUUGCCAAAUGCUUUAGGAGUCACAAUGUUAGCAGAGCUACCACGCUAGUAGCUGUGCUUCAGUGUAGCUAAUAUUAAAAACAGUCCUUUACCUCAUGAUCUAACUCAACUAAUGAGAGCAGCUCUGCCUCUGAGAAUUGUUUGUAAAACUGAAACUUUAUACAAGCUACUUUUUGGGACCCUGAGUCUCCCUGUGGGUGUCCUCGUCCAGAGCCUGCUGAGUUUAGCCGGCUGUAUUGUAUUUACUCUCUGCAUGUGACCACAACAAACUCCCAUCCUGUGCACCGUCGUCACGCCGACGACACCCUCAUUUCUCAGAGCGGGCACCGCCUGCCGCACUUCUUGUGCUGUGAUGAUGAUGAUGAUGACUUUCUGUUAAUGGGGCUUGUAUAUCAGAUGCCUUCGACAAUCAUGUGCACAUAUCAGAGUUACCAUGACAACACAGGCCAGAGCGACUGAUUGUGUUUCGUUUGUCUUUCUCCUGGAAUAAAUCCUGAAUGAUCGUAAUAUAUGACUCUUUGCUUGUGUUGUGAGGGGGGGCUAUGUGUGUCUGCCUCAUUAGUAGGCUACUACUCAUUCACAGAAUUACGACUACACUUCCUACACUUCCUGUUUGCACUCAGUAUUUCAACACUUAGAAACACUAGGGUCCUUGCACCCCUUUGACCGACAUAUUGCCCUUAUAUAUGCUGCACAACA